UGCAGCUGAUACAGCUCCAAAGACCAAAGACCAAAAUGACUAAAUUAACUCUUUUAGCAGCACUGGGCAUCUUGCUUACAGUGCAGAUUGUGGCUUCUACAAAGCUGGUGUGCUACAUGACCAACUGGUCUCAGUACAGACCCGGCAAUGGAAAGUUCCUGCCAGAAAACAUUGAUCCAUUCCUCUGCACACAUGUGGUUUAUGCUCUGGCAUCCAUCAGUUAUGAUAAUCAAAUCACUACCAUCGAAUGGAAUGAUAACGAGCUGUACAAGUCACUGAAUGACCUGAAGACAGUAAAUCCUACAUUGAAGACCAUGCUGUCUGUUGGAGGAUUGGUCAAUGGCGUCAGUCCAUACAUCAGAAUGGUGUCAACUCCAGAAAACCGCAAGACUUUCAUCCAUUCUGCAUUGCUGUUCCUGCGUCUCCAUGAAUUUGAUGGUAUGGAUAUUGACUGGCAGUACCCAGGUCACAAUGGAAGCCCACCAGAAGACAAACAGAGGUUAACUACAUUCCUCAAGGAACUGAGAGAAGCUGUUGAACAGGAGGCCAUAGACACAAAGAAAACUCCUCUGAUUCUUUCCUGCAAAGUUUCCGGCAUCAAGUCCACUAUUGAGCGUGCUUAUGAGGUCGCUGAAAUUUCAGGUCUGUUGGACUUCUUGACCAUCCUGUCUUAUGACUACCAUGGCCACUGGGACCCCAUGACAGGGCACAACAGCCCCCUUUUCCGCAGCUCCUUGGACACUGGAAACAUCAUUCACCACAAUAUCAACUCAUCUGUGGGAUUCUGGCUGGGCAGUGGAGCCCAUGCUGAGAGGCUGCUUCUUGGCUUCCCCACAUACGGACGCACAUUCUUGCUCUCCACUUCGCAAACAGGUCUCGGGGCCCCAGCCAAUGGCCCUGCUGACGCCGGCCCUUACACACGCGAAGCAGGAUUCUGGUCCUAUUAUGAGAUUUGCCCCAUGGAAUCAAGUGUCACUAUUGAAUGGAUCGAUGAGCAGAUGGUGCCCUAUGCAGUUCAAGGAAGGGCUUGGGUUGGAUUUGACAACCGUGAAAGUUUUGCUGCUAAGGUGCAGUGGCUGAACUCCAUGAGCUUGGGCGGAGCCUCAGUGUGGACCUUAGAUUUAGACGAUUUUUCUGGUCGUUUUUGCUACAGCGGAGCUUAUCCUCUUGUCAACCAUUUGCGCAAUGCACUAGGUUUCCCACCCAAACCCACCACUACGCCACGUCCCACCACUACUGCUGACCCCAUCGCCUCUUUCUGUGUUGGCAAACCAGAUGGGCUAUACCCCAACCCUGCUGACGAAACCACUUACUUCCAAUGUUUCCGUGGAAACACAUACCUGCAUAAAUGCCAGCCUGGUCUGGUCUUUGUUGAUGAUUGUAAAUGUUGUGAAUGGCCUUGAACGUAAGUUCAAAUCCACUCCUCCUGUUCAAUACAGAUGUCCAUGCAGUCUCCUAUUUUUGUGAUGUAUUACCUCUGCUUCCAACUAUCCAAGAUCAUCAUUUGAAAAAAAAUAAAAUAAAGUGACAGACAUUUUUAUUUUAUGCAAAACAGUAUGGAGUUGUCUUGUUAAGGUGCUGGUCAUAUUUUCCUCACAUUUAGUUAAAGAAAAAUCAUAAUGUCCUGUUCAGUACAGUCUAGUUUUCUCUUGUUGUUAUGCA